AUGGCCCAGGAGCUCGGGGGCAGACUCUACCAGAAGGGGGACCGGCACCUGGCCCUGGGGGAGCCCCCGCUGGUCAUGGCUUUCUACCUGGUGGCCUUCAGCUGCCACGCACCCUCGGCUGUGCGUAGCAUGAGGAGCGCCUUGGCCGAGGCCGGGGGUGCCUGCUGGGCACCCUGGUGUCCGAGGGAGGCCUGGUGCUGCGCCCACAGCCGGAUCCCCACUGUGCACUUGGAUGGCAUGGCCAUAGUCUCCCUGACAGCCAUCCUGGCCUCCACCUCCCUCGGCGCCCUCUGCCUAGACCACCUGGCCGCAGUGUUGCACGUGCUGGUUGGGCUGCUGGACCGCAGGCACCAAGAGGUGGCUCUGCGCUGUAGCCAGCUGCUGGACUCCUGCUCCCAGCCCACGCUAGAGCUGUGGCUGAGCCAUGCCCUGGCCUGGGUGCUGUUGGGGGUGCAGGCCGUGGAUGGUGUAGCCUACUACCUGCGUGCCUUUGCUGCCAGUGCCAAACGCACCCUGGCCUUCGUCCAUGCCCAGUGGCCCUACCUCCCUGCGCUGCUUCAUGCCCUGCAAAGCCACAUCUUGGAGCUGCUGGGGGCUGGGGACAGGGACGGCUGGCGGCUCCUGCUGGCCAUGGAACCCGAGGACACCCCGAGCACCACCCUGUCACCUGAGGUGCUGCUGCGAGGCAGCAGGUACACGGACUGCCUGGGGAUGUGCAGCCAAGCCCUUCAGUCGGCCCCCAUGGCCAGCAGCCAAGGUGAGCGCCUGGCCACCCUGCUGGUCACGCGCGCCGCCGCCGCCUUCUUCCUGGACGGCCGCGCGGAGGACACGCUGUGGGAUCUGCACGACGCCUUCGGCGAGAGCCCCUCCGCCGCGCGCCGGCAGUUCCAGGCCGUGCUGUCCAUCCAGGACCAGGAGCGCGUCCGGGCCCAGGCCCAGGAGGCCACGGACCUGGGCUCCCGCUUCCAGGAGGACGUGCGGAGCCGCCCCGAGCUCCGCGAAGACGCGGAUCGCGAGCUGCUGGCACCGGUGACCUGUGUGCGCAGAAUCCUGCUCCACGUGGCACUGGCCGGGUCCCACCCUGCGCUGGGCACCCGCCUGGCCGAGUGCCUGCUGCUGGCCAGGGACGUGGCGGGUGCUGGGCUCUGCGAGCGCCUGCUGCGGCCCGCUAGCCCUGGGGACGCCACGGAGGACCGCGCACUACUACUGGCGGUGCUGCUGCGUGGCUUUUGUGUGCUGCACGGCAGGGAUGCGCAGGGCACCCGGGAGGACUUCCAGGUGGUGGUGGAGAGGGGGCGCCGCACUUUUGGUGGCUGCGUGCUCGCGUGCGGCCGCGGGCUGCCGCAGGUGCUGGCCAGCAGCGCCUUCCUGGGCACUUUGGACUAUGUCACCGCGUGCGGGCUUUGGCCAAAGGAAGCGCUGUUGGCCGCCAAGGCUUUCGUGCCCUGGAACCAGCGCGGACUGCUGCUGAUCUUGCUGCAGGAGGAGGGCUGCCGGAUGCUGCAGCGCCUGCUCCCGCCCCGCGCCGAGCUGUGGAAGCCAGGCCGCAGGACCCAACAGCGGCGCGGCCCCGAGUGGGAUGCCCGCAGUGUGUACCAGCUGGCCUCGCUGCUAAUGGAGCUGGACGUGGAGGAUGAGGCUGCAUGCCUGCUGGCCGCCGAUGCCCUGUACCGCCUGGGCCGCCUGGAUGACGCUCACAGGACCCUGUGGGCAGCCCUGACACAGAGACCACCUACAGCCAUGGUGCUGGUGCGGCUGGUGCUGCUGCAGCUGCGCAGGGGCUUCUACCAUGACCGGCUCCCCCUGCAGCUGGUGAAGAGGCUCGUCCAGGCCAGGGACACCGCCUGCCUCCAGCCCACCUUGGAUGUCUUCUGCCCCGAGGACCUGCAGCUGCUCCAGGGCCACUGCCACACUCGGGCCCUGGCCAUCCUGUGGGCAUGGCCAGGCGCAGCCAACAGCAGGGCCUGCACCAGGGAUGCCAUCACCUAUCUCUCUCUGGCCAUCUUCGCUGCAAGGAGCCAGGCCAGUGAGUCCCUGCUUGCCCGAGCCAGCCGCUAUGGGCUCCUGGGCCAGAAGAAAACCGCCAUGUUCGACUUCAACUCCAUGCUGCGGGCUGAGCCAGGGAAUGUGCAGGCUCUGUGUGGGCGGGCGCUUAUGCACCUGGCCCUGGGCCAGCUCCAGGAAGCCGUGGCCAACAUCCUCUCUGCCCUGAAGCUGGACCCGGCCGCUGUGGUGAGGCUCGACAUCCAGAGCCUCCUCGCGCAGGGCCUGCACGCUCACUGCCGGGCCCUGCUGAGCCGGCCCCUCCGGGAGGACGACGCCCAGGGCCUUCUGGCCGCUGGGGAGGCACUGGUCCAGAUGGACGGCGGGCAGCCCAGUGGGCACCUGCUGCUGGCCGACGCCCUCAUGGCGCUGGGCAGCUAUGAGGCAGCCGGUGCCCGUCUGCAGGGGCCCCUGUGCACAGCUCGGGCGUCCGUGGCAGCCGUGGUCGAGCAGGACGCCGCGGACCUGGACUUCCUGCUGCGGCUGCUGGAGGCCUCCAAGCGACGACAAAUCCUUGCCCAGGCCGUUGCCCGGGAAGCCAAUGCCCUCCUGGACACGGGGCGGCCGUGGCAGGCGCUGGGCUUCUGCUCCCUGGCCAUGCUGGCCUGUGGUGGGGGUGCCUGCCACCUGCGUCUGCGUGCCACCUGCCUGGCCCAGCUGCGGGAAUGCGACCAAGCCCUCAGGGACCUGGACCAACUGCUCCAGGAGGGUGCAGGGAAUGGGGACCUCCCGUGGCGGGCAGAGGACCUCUGCUCCAGGGGCCGCCUGCUGCUGAGCCUGGGGGACGAAGUGGGGGCUGCAGCGGCCUUCAGCCAGGCCCGCACGCUGGCACCUGCCCCUACCCAGAGCAGCCUAUGGGGGCAGCUGGGCCGGACCCCCACCGUCUGCCUGUUCCUACACCAUGGGCAGCGCUGCCUGGAGCAGCAGCGCCACGUGGAGGCCUGGACAGCAGCCCAGAAUGGCCAACUGGUGGGCCCCAGCCACCCUGGCCUGAAGCAGUUGAAGGCCAGAGCCCAGAGAGGGGUGGACUCGGGCUGCCGGCUGCACUGA